AUGGGCAAUCGAAAGAUAGCAAUCAUUGGCGCAGGCCCAGCUGGAUGCUUGUUAGCAAGACUUCUUCACCUCGCAGGUACAGAAGUAACUGUCUUCGAGGGUGAAGCUCAUCCGAACUUCCGAUCUCAAGGAGGUACCCUGGAUCUACACACAGCUACAGGCCUCGCAGCUCUCAAGGAAGCUCAACUCUUUGAUGACUUUCUCAAACACGCUCGCUACGAUGGACAAUACAUGGCCAUUGUGGACAAGGACCUGGAAUACCAUCUCGAACGAAACGCGGUCGGGAAAUACAAUAAGAUCGAAGAACGUCCUGAAAUUGAUCGUUCUAGUCUCCGAGAGAUCCUAUCAAAUUCACUACCCGAGGGUAUGAUCAAAUGGGGCUACCAUCUCAAAAAGGUCCAAGGUCAAUCCCUUGUUUUCGAGCAUACUACAGUCAACGGAUUCGAUCUCAUUGUUGGCGCAGACGGCGCGUGGAGCAAAGUCCGGAAAGAAAUCGAUCCAAGUCUCGUUCCGGAAUUUGCGGGUAUCGGGAUGUUUGAGUUGGAGAUCACAGAUGCUGAGAAGAACGCUCCAGAGCUGUCUAAGCUGGUGAACAGAGGAAGCAUCUUUGCCAGUACCGAUGGCAACCGCACAACCAUUCAACAAAUGGGUGAUGGCAGUUUAAAUGUUUACUGCGGUUUUGUGACGGACAGCCCGGACUGGUACAAGCCAGAAACUUGUGGUUUCAAUCCUCACGAUCUGAAGGAGACGACACGGGCGUUGCUCGAGACAAGAUAUAAGGAUUGGGACCCUCGACUCAAACAAGCAAUCGAAUUAUCAAACGGCCGCUGUAACCCAAGAUCGCUAUUUAUGCUUCCUGUCGGCAGUAAGUGGGAGCACAAGCAAGGCCUGACUCUAAUUGGCGAUGCAGCUCAUCUCAUGACACCUUACGCUGGUGAAGGCGUUAACCAGGCUCUUGAUGAUGCGAUGCUACUUGCCAAAGCAAUCAAUGGAGCGGCUGAUAAGAGCGAUCAAGAACUAGACAAGGCGGUCAAGAGUUUCGAAGAGGUCAUGUUUGCGCGUGUCGGUCCAGUUCAGGAACUUACAUGGGGAUUGUUACAGGACUGGAUGUAUACGCCUGGAGCGCCCAAAUCUGUCAUGGCAAAGUCAAUGAGCAGACACAUAAAGCAUCGGUUGCCAUUGGUGCUUCAACCAUUGGGUGUGGCGGCUGUGCAUGGUUAUUAUUUUCUGAAGAAUAAGAACUUGGUGAGCUGA